UAAACCUAAUUAGGCGAGCAGGGUUAAGGUGCUCUUUUGCUUCCUCAUCUGUCGGCUCCUUCCACCUCUUUCUCAAGACUUAUGAGUUGUGACAGUAGAAUUCUCAAAGGUGUGAUUUCAUAAUUUUCGUCGAAAUUCUACUUCUCAAGUAGUUCAUUGCAGCAAGAUGAGUAUGACACCUAGACCUCUAUGUCGAAAAUUUAUACCGAUCGAGCAAAGCAAAAUUUCUUCAAUAAGUAAGCCUGAUGGCUUCAAUUUCCGACUUGUAUCAUAUAAUAUUUUGGCUCGGUCGUAUGUGAGGAGUGUUUUCUUUCCAUACUCUCCAUCUCCUUGUCUUAGGUGGAAAGCACGUUCUCAAGCAAUUUUAACCGUUCUCAAGAGUCUUGAGGCAGAUUUUUAUUGUCUACAGGAAGUAGAUGAGUAUGAUAGCUUCUAUAGAAAGAAUAUGGAGAGCCUUGGCUAUGCAAGUAUCUACACUCAAAGAAGUGGGAAGAAAAAGGAUGGAUGUGGAAUCUUCUACAAGCACAACAUUGCGGAAUUAGUCAUAGAAGAGAAGAUAGACUACAAUGAUCUGGUGAACUCAGUUCAAGAUGGAAGAACCGCAUUCAUGGAUAAAGACUGUGAUUUACUGACUCAUGAGACUGAAAGUGAGUUAAAAGAUGGUUUAGAGCUGCAAGACACUCAAAAUGACCAUGGAGAUCAUAAUGAUCCUCGUGUGAGAUUAAAGCGUGAUUGCGUUGGAAUCAUGGCUGCCUUUAGAUUUAAGAACCCUUCUAGUCAUCAUGUUAUUAUUGCAAACACUCAUUUCUAUUGGGAUCCAGAAUGGGCUGAUGUAAAGCUUGCGCAGGCUAAAUAUCUGCUUUCAUGCUUGGUGGAAUUCAAAAAGUUGGUAGCAGAUAAAUUUGAUUGCACCCCUUCAAUACUUGUUGCUGGUGACUUCAAUUCAGUACCUGGAGAUCAGGUGUAUCAGUACAUUGUUUCUGGGACCACUUUGGAGGGGGUGGAAACCGUUGAAGAUGUACCGAUUCCAUUGUCUAGUGUAUAUGCAUUCACAAGAGGAGAGCCACAGUUUACUAAUUGCACACCAGAUUUUACUGGAACCCUGGACUACAUACUAUUUUCCCCUUCUAAAGACAUAAAACCAGUUAGCUACCUUGAGCUUCCAGAACAUGAAUCCUCUGAUGUAAGCGGCGGAUUACCCAACUACUACCAUCCAAGCGAUCACCUUCCGAUUGGCACUGAAUUCGAAGUUCUCCAAGCGUAGAAUCUACUGGGUCGGCCGCAUUGCAUUUGUCAUUUGCGACUUACAUCCCAGAUGGUGGGAUGGGGUGAGGGGUUGACAAUGUUUAGAUAAUCAAUAGUCUGGUCUUUUCGUUGAUGGUUGUUACAUUUUUCCUUCUCGAGGCUUGUUUUACCAUUAACUCUACAAGGUUUCAUUUAUUAAGCAGUCAAGAAAGUAAAAUAAAACGUAGACUGUGGACAUUUUUUUGUUCCUUCCAAAAUGAGUAUAAUUUUCAUUUUCCUGCCAAAUAUCUUUUGCAGAUUCUUCCUUUCCUCUAUUGCAGGAAUGGAGCAUAUUUUGAUAAUAGUCUAAUUGAGUUGCAAAGACCAAAUUUAGAUAAUAGUUUAAGUAUUUACUCUUGAAAUUUGUGGUUGUCACUUGAAUAUUUCUUCUACCACUCUGCUAGGUUCAUAGUUAAAUUGAA